UUUGGGUUCCGUCUUUUGCCCCCCCUUUUGUGGGGACAGAUUGUGGACUUGGGGUCAAUACCCCUCUUUUCGUAGGCGGGUUUCUGCAGCUGGGAGCCAGCCAUGAAGUCUCGAUUUAUUUUCACGCAGGUAUGGGUGUUUUUCCUCCUGAGGCUGCGGGUGUCUACGGGGGCAACAACCUGCGCCUCCAGGGAGCCCUUGGUGUGGAAGAUUGAGCAGGGCAAGCGCUUUGCCUACAUCGCGGGGAUUUCGCACAUCCCCUCCAGCAAGACGCCUCCCCUUGAAGGAGGGCCACUGGCGGAGGCAUUGUCCUGCUGCGACGUGGCCUACUUUCCCACUGGCUGCUCCUUGGCCGAUAAGAGCAACGUGACGGGGGUGGGGCACUACAUGUCCCACUGUUCCUACUACCCCGUGCUGCGGCAAAAGGACACCAUAGCGGAGCGGCUGGCGCCGCAGACCCUCACGGAUUUGCAGGGGGCACUGGACAAGUUGGUCCAGUACGCUCCGCCAGCUUGCAAGUCCACCGCGGCAGAGUUUCAAGCGUCGGUGCAGAACUUGAAUUCCACCGACUACCGGCUUACACUGCUCUCUGUCUUUCACAGAGGCCUCGAGGCCAUCAACCCCUUGUGGUGCGUCGACCCGGGUGCCAAGACGCUGGACACCUACCUGCGCCAGGAGUGGGGCCAGCGGAAGCCUAUCUUUGGCCUUGAAGACAUCGCUGUGGAAUGCCAGGCCUUUCAAGGCCACGACGUCGAGCAAGACCAGGAUUUGGCGAGGUACAUGGCAUCGCAUUUCACCGACGAGUGGCUCACUCAGAAGUCCAACCUGGAGGAAGGCAUGGAGGAGGUGAUGAAGUGCGGGGAUUUGACCAACUUGAGGAAGCUGGUGGACCACAUGAAGGACCUUCCCUUGCGCAGCGUGGCCGACCUGCAGCAAAGGAAUCACAACCUCGCCUUUGGCGUGAAGAAAGCCUUGGAGGCCAAUCCGGGCAAGAACGUGUUCUUCGCUGUCCCUGUGACACAUUUGGUGGAUGCUGCGGGCCACACGGGGGUCCUGUCGCUCCUUUCCAAGGAGGGGCUGCAGCCGCAGCGCCAGUUGACGCCUUCGGGCUGCCAGGCGUCCAGCUGGGAAGCGCCCGGAGCUGCGGCGCUGGACCAUUGCCUCAAGCCGCCCGCGCAGUCGCAGCCGCCAUCCUGCAUCCAGUUCGAGAAACAGUUUGGUCAGAUCUUGGGGAAGGACAUGCUGCAUGGAAGGAAGGUGGUGCCAGGACCAAAGUGCGCCGAGUGUGUGAACUCCACGUCUUCUUGCAAGUGCGAGAUGAAGUGGACAAACUACGAUAGUUUUGUGAACCUCUGCGAGAGCACGCAAGUGGAUGGCUCUCAUGGGAAGGUGUACUAUCUGGACAUGAUCCGCAACCCGGGUUCCACACGAGAUGGGCAGGCAUUGGCGGAAAAGACCGUGGGUGGCUUGUAUCAGAACUGCUAUGCUGCUAGCUGUGACAUUCCCAUCAUCCAGGAGAUGGCGACGCGGAAGUGGUACAAGAACGACGGCUCCCUGGACGUGGGCUCCGUGAUGGUGAGGACGUUGGGCCAGCCCUUUGGCGUGGAGGUCAAUGAAGGCUCCGGUGGCCUGCCCUGGUGGCCCUGGAUCUUCGUGGUGCUCGCCUUCGUGGGCUGCAUCUACGGCUUGCUGAGGCUUUUCCACAUGCCCAAAAGGGGCGCGCGCAACAAAACAGGGAGCAUGGACGGCAGCUUCGACUAUGCCAAGGGCGACCUGAGCGAGAUGCAACCGCUGAAGCCUCCGCUGAACGCGGCGGCUCGGGAGAUGAUCGACAACCGGCCUGUGAGGGAUGUGCAGAACUUGGGGACUUUGCCCAGCGGCGUGGACAUCCAGAUGCCGGACAUGUCGUUUCAAGCGUCCCAGCAGCUGCCUCGGAUUGGCUCUCCGUCGGCCGCGCGGAUGCAAGCUGGGGGGAGCUCAGGCUCUCCCUCCAACAGGCCGCCACCGCCACCGCCGGUGGGGUACCCUCCUCGUUAUGCUCCCUCCUCGCCGGUGUCAUCUGCCGCGGGCAGUUUGCAUUUGUCUGGGGGCCAGGGCAGCCUGGGCUACCAGCAGGGCUACCAGUACCAGAGGCCUGCUGUGGCUGCCGUGCCUGCGGGCUACGCCGGCCAACGGGAUGGGUCCCUAAUCGCCCUGUCACAGCACAUGGCCUCGCAAAUCGAGAGCUCCGGGGCUGAAGCGAUUAGAAGCUUGCGGCAUGGGCAGCCGGGACAGCCUAUGCCGCAGGGACAGCCUAUGCCGCAGGGACAGCCUAUGCCACAGGGACAGCCUAUGCUGCAGGGACAGCCUAUGCCAUAUAGCUACAUGCAAUCGCCGACGCCCAUGUACCAGCCAGUCCAACAGGCGCGCUGAGACUCCUGACCGCCAAUCUUCAUGCCAUGCGCAAGAUGACAAGGCAAGCUUGGGGUUACUUAGGAUCUGUUUUCACCCACCCUUCAUUCGGAAUUCGGAC